ACUAUAUAUUCAUACUGCGUUCGGGUCGAGGCGCGCCGUGGUCGUUUACUUGUAAAGUUCUGUGACUGAGGGUUUUAGGGAGUAACCAGCGAGCGCGGCAACAGUUUCUCCAUCGAACAUCAAUGGCGGACGAUGAUUACAAUGACCUCGACAUGGGAUAUGACGAUGAGCCACCAGAACCAGAAUUGGAGGAAGGUGCUGAAGAAGAAUUGGAUAAUAAUAACAAUGAUGAUGUUCCUGGUGAACCUGUUGAAGCAGAGGAAAAGGAAGAUGAAGAACCUGUUGAACGUGUGCGUAAAACCUCAAAAUUUAUGACAAAGUAUGAACGUGCUAGAAUUUUGGGUACACGUGCCCUCCAAAUCAGCAUGAAUGCUCCUGUGAUGGUCGAAUUGGAGGGCGAGACUGAUCCACUUGAGAUUGCAAUGAAGGAGCUUCGUGAGCGGAAGAUACCCUUCACCAUCCGUCGCUACCUGCCAGAUGGAAGUUAUGAAGACUGGGGCGUUGAUGAACUGAUUGUGGAGGACUCCUGGAAGAGGCAAGUUGGUGGCGCUUGACUGAUCUUUAGUUAGUUGUGUGGGCUUGACUGAUCUUUAGUUAGUUGUGUGGGCUUGACUGAUCUUUAGUUAGUUGUGUGGGCGUCACCAUAUGUGAGAAGAUAGUUAGAACUACAUAGCCAUUAGGUCACGGUGUUCCCAUUUAUGCAGCUUGUGAAAACACUACUGUUUUGUUGCAUAACUCUACUCUGUAAUAUAUUGGAAAGGAAUCACUGUUGACAAACAUCUAUUUAUGACUAUAAACCAUGCCAUUAACACUGGACAUUCUGUAA